AUGGCUUUGAGCAGGAAGAUGUUUUAUUUUGUUUUUACUUUGUCCUUCAUUUUGGUUCAAUUACUAUCAGAGUGCCGGGCAGGAAUUGAUUAUUCCCAGCCAUUUCCAGGAGGUGGAUUUGCUGUUUGUGAGCCCUGUAGGCUGGGUCGGGGCAAAUGCAGGAAGAUGUGCUUGGAGGAUGAGAAGGUAGAAGGAAGCUGUAAGUUGAAUUUUUUCUGCUGCCAGAAGAGGUUAUGA